AACGAUGUGCAUGGAUAUUAUGAUGCCAUCCGAAGACGAAAUGAGUAACAUGAAAGAAAAAAUGAAAGAGUGCCUCGAAAAAGAAGGUCACACCCAUUUGACUUCACACCCUGCCUUGGCUUCCGACAAGAAGCCCCACCUAAAGCACGCGCUGUGCUUCCGCGAAGAACUCAAGGGUAUCUCGGCCGAAAGCCGAAGAUUGGUGUCGCUGUGCGCCCUCGAACACCAUGGAGUCCUGGAUGGCGAGGAGGUCAACGUAACUAAGGUCAUGGAACUUCUGCGAACAAAGAUUGAUGCAGCAGAGGAUUCAGUAGCAAAAGAGGUCUUAUCUACAGCCCUUUCCAACUUGUCUGAGGAACCCCUAGAAGCUGACCUAUUACAUUUCAUGGAGCUCAAGAAGUCUCUUAUGAACUCCUGCAUUAUGAACGUGGUUGCAAGCCUAACCGAAGAGAAACUAUUAGCGAAGUGUUCAAAUUCAUAAGUGUCUAAGGAAGCAUUGACUUUGCGAAUAUGGAUCCCUGGCUUUUGACUUGAUAUCUUCUACGAAUGAUACCCUCAUAAGGCAACACAGCAAACCUAUAAACAUUGUAGUCAAUAGAUGCAACAUCUUGACCCAUUUUCCUCCCAAAAUAAAGACUGCAGCAUA